AUGACCUCUCAUGUAGAUUCAACUUUGCCUCCGCCAGAUAACAUCUCUGCAGUUUUUCAACUAGAGAAUGGUUGUUCUGGAGUCUUUGCGAUGGUGGUAAACUCAAGAGCACCCAAGAUACUUUGGCGUUUCGUUGGCCUUAACGGUACGCUACAAAUUGAGCGUGGACACAAAGAUGGAAGACAUGGAUACUCGGCUUCCCUUUAUGCUGCUGAUGGCCAAAGCAGGAGCUUCUUCUACCAAUUCAGUGGGGUGACUGAAGAAUUAAAAACUUUUCUACAUGAUAUUUCACAAGCCACCCUUAAGAAGGAUGGUAGCUAUGAAGCCGAACCACGUUGCUCUUUUCUAGAAGGCGUGCGUGAUGUUGCUGUUCUAGAGGCAAUGCUCAAAUCUGGUAUGAGACAAGGAGCCCUGGUCCGCGUGCAAAAAUUCUAG